AUGAAGAUUCCUGCAGACUGUGAUGAUGCUUGUCCUGAUGUUCAAUGCUCAUCAGGACAUCUUGACCUGCAAGCUCAUUAUGACAGUUCAGCCUCUAGGCAUUCCCAGAAAUCAGCCAGUAAUCUAGGCCUGAAAGUGAGAAGGCUUCUUGGGGUCGGCCUUCUUGGGAGGGGGAGCAUCUCCGCGCUUGUUGUUGUCAUUCUUCUCGUUCUUGCUGUCCUUGGGAGGAGGAACGUCGGUGUUCUGGGGAGGGGGAGGGGGAGUGUCUCCACGCUUGUUGACAUCGUUCUCGCCUUCCUUUGGGGGAGGGCCAUCAGUCUUCUGGGGAGGAGGCGGGGGGUUCUCUCCGCGCUUGUUGUUGUCGUUCUCGCCUUGCUUGGGAGGAGGACCGUCGGUCUUCUGAGGCGGGGGAGGAGGAUUCUCUCCACGCUUGUUAUUGUCGUUCUCGCCUUCCUUCGGAGGAGGACCGUCGGUCUUUUGGGGAGGAGGAGGGGGAGUCUCCCCGCGCUUGUUGUUGUCGUUCUCACCCUCCUUGGGGGCGGGGCCAUCGGUCUUCUGAGGAGGGGGAGGGGAAGGGGGAGUCUCUCCACGCUUGUUGUUGUCGUUCUCGCCUUGCUUUGGGGGAGGACCAUCGGUCUUCUGGGGCGGAGGAGGGACAUCAUUGUCACGCUUUUCGUUGUCAUUGUCCUGUUUCUGAGGAGGAGGAAUCUCAGUUCCAGUGGGCGGUGGUGGCAGCUGCCCAGAAACCUCAGUGGGACCUAG